AUGUCGAACCAGCAAGUUGGCCCGGUGUUUGAGCGCGUCAUCCAGGAAGUCUGCGACGCUUCCCAGGUCGAUUUUGAGGAGAGCGGUGUGGAUCAGAAGACACUGCUAGACUUGCGUGAGACCUGGCAAACCAAGCUUUCAUCUCUUAACGUCGCCCAUUUCCCCUGGGAUCCCACCCCACAGCCUACCCCGCAAGCUCCUGUCCUGCCGCCUCAAGCUACUGUCCCAUCCAACGCACCUCGUCCUCCUCCCCAGCCACAACAUGUGGCCCCUCCUGUCUCUCUACAGCAAACUGUCCCUCCUCCAGUUUCUGCUCCUCUUCCGGUUCAUGCACAAGCCCCAGUCGCUCCCAUGAGUGGGCCUCCUCGAAUCAAGACCGAACCUGGGACUAACGGCCCGUCUGGUCUGCCUGGCAUGAAUAAUCCGAUGCAAGUCCCUACCAAUCCUCAGGCAGCUCGCGAUCGCGCCAUCAGUGCGAUGCAGCAGAAAUACGGUGCCAACGCGGCAAGCUCCGUUCACCAAAUGCAUCAAAUGCAAGCUCAGGCCCCAGGCCAGCAUACGUACCAACAAUAUGCCGCGAAUGGGCAAAUGCCCCACAUCAAACAAGAGUCUGGCUACCCAUCAAUGGGCCCUGGUCAAACUGACGGUGGUGGAGAUGACCCCAUGGCGGACUGGAAAGCCGAGGUCGCGCGUCGCCGAGAGGCCGCUGCGAAUGGUCAAGGCGACCAUGUGCUCCGUGAGCACCUCAAGUCACAGAUGCGUGGACUGGAGGCCGGUGGUCUCCUCCGCCCUCUUAGUGAGCACGAAUCUCCGGCUGUGCUGGCACGACGCGCUGCUAUUGAGGCACAUCUCAACUACAACCCGUCGACAUCUGCUGCUCCUCGAAUCCCCGGUCAGGUCGAUGGAGAGGAGGCCGACGAAGACGCGAUCAACUCCGACCUUGAUGACCCUGAAGAUCAGUAUGCAGAGGACGGAGAUGCUGAUGAAUCUGAGGGUCAAGUCAUGCUUUGUACGUACGACAAGGUUCAGCGAGUCAAAAAUAAGUGGAAGUGCACAUUGAAGGACGGCAUCCUGACAAGCGGAGGCAGAGAAUACGUUUUUCACAAAGGCCAGGGCGAGUUUGAAUGGUAG